GCGCUCAGCUGUCCAGACUCCAGUUCGGUGCUUGCGAGCGUUCAGUUCACAUCGAUCACUAACUUCUGUGGCUUCAGCUUUGGUGGUCCGCUAAACUCCUCAUUUGUUUGUUUGUUUGGUUUUUUUUCUCCGCCAAAGACUGUGUUUUUCCGACAGCACAGGUACAAUGACGGUGUUCCCCAGCGGACUGAAAUAUUAGAGGACGUAUCUGCUCUCUGCAGGGUGGAGGUGUUUGCACGGCACCGUGACCUGCAAGUUUGGUCACAGAUAGUGGAUAAACAUAUAAAGACGUAAAACAACCAUGGAUUUUGGCAAUGAUGUAGAUUUGUCUAAUAAUAACAUCAUGCCUUUGUGGAAAAGACGACCGGAAAACAAUAAAAGCCCCCUGGGCUUGAGUAAGCCUAAACCUCGACCCCUCAGUUAUCACGUAAAUGGGGCCACGACGACUAACUUCCCAGGGGAAGACAACAAAUGUGCCUUCACUCUGAGCCAGCCAGCUGAGAGACUGGUGGUCCCACCCCUGUGUUUGGACAGCAGGAACACUGCAGUGUUAAAACAUGUUUUACACAAACCUUCGAGGAAGAACCGAGUUGUACGGAGCAUCAGCAUCGGGCACCUCUCCAGCGGACGCUUCUUACUGUCCAAAUUUAGAUCUGAGGACAGUAGAUCUGCUUCACUGGACAAUAGAGUGUGCAAUGGAGGUUGUGACAGGGGGAAAACCACUAAUGGACAAACCAUGUGGCCUGAAAAGCAUCCCCGGGACAUCGCAAAACGUCUUUCCAAUUCCCUCAGUCUAAAUUUACAGAAGGACCAGAUUUCUUUUGGGACCAACUCACCCCAAGUUGCUCCUCUCAGCUGUUCCUUACUUCCUCUGUCAUCAACUAACAACAACCACGAAGAACUAUCCUCGCUUUCAUCCGUAUCCAGCUCCUCUCCUACAUCACGUACCGUCACGCCUUCCCACAGUUCCAGCUCCAGCAUCCUCUCGCUCUUGUCUUUAAACUCCUCAGACCCUCCAACCCCUCGCUCCCCAUCACCAGCAGAGAGAGGGCAGCCAGUGCUAAGACACUCUCAGACAUCCUCGCCUGCAUCCUCACAGGACACAAGGCAUGUCUCUUCUUCAUCUUCUUCUUCUUCCAUCUCCUCACCAUCACUUUCCCCAUGUGCCUCACCGGCCCCGUCCGUUGUCCUCAGCACCAACAGCCCUGCUGCUCUGAAGAUGGGCACCCAGCAACUCAUUCCCAAAGGUUUAGCAACCGAUAUUCGGCAAAGCAAAGCACCACCCGCUGGGACGCAGAGUCAAGGCUUAUCAGGGCUGCUUGGGUUGGAGCAAUCCAAACGAGCAUUAAAAACUCUCAGUAUGGUGGAAACGGGAACCUACUUUUCUACAGGAGGGGGCAACACUGAGUGGGCAGAUGGAGAAAGUGACAGCCCUGGGGCAUUAAGGAGAGGCUUGAGGAGUACGUCUUACAGAAGGGCAGUUGUGAGCGGAGUAGACAUGGAAGAUCCGUCAGCAGACCAAAAGAACCACCGACUGUAUGAGCCUGUCAUCAAGGGGCUUGCUUCUGAUAAUGCAUCGUCAAAGGUUAGUCUCGCGAACCCCGGCUCCAACAGCCCCACUAGUCCCGUAACAGCCAAGACUACAAGCCUUGGGACACCAAAACCUGCCAGCCCCAGGAUUUCAAAGUGCCCUAGCCCUAGGAUGGAAACGAUUAAAAGUGAUGGAAAAAACAAGAGUCCAGAUAAGAAGAAAGUUUUGACCAGUCAGCGGACCUUUGACAGUGAGGAAGAAGAGCUGUACCAGAACUACCAGGAGAAGGCGUUGCAUAAUGACUCCGACGAGGAUGCCGAUUCCAGGGAUGUCAAACCUGACAAUGGCAUCGUGGUGCAGUACAGACCCAUUCGUACCUCCUGGAGCCAGCUCAGCGUGGUAAAGAAAAGUGGCUUGUCCAACCAGAUCAGCCAAGAGGAGCGCAAAAGGCAAGAGGCCAUUUUUGAGCUCAUCUCGUCGGAGCACUCAUAUUUUCACAGUUUGGAAAUCCUGAUCCGCAUGUUCAAGAACUCCGUGGAGCUCAGCGAGGCUAUGACCAAGACUGAACAUCACCAUCUCUUCUCCAACAUCACAGAUGUCUGCGAAGCCAGCAAAAAGUUCUUUAAGGAGCUGGAGGAACGACACCAACAGAGCAUAGUUAUCGAUGACAUCAGCGACAUAGUUUUCAAGCACGCUCAGUCGAACUUUGAUCCUUAUAUCACAUACUGCUCCAAUGAGGUCUACCAGCAGAGAACCCUGCAGAGGCUUGUGUCCAAGAAUCCAGCUUUCAAGGAGGUACUGACUCGGAUCGAGGGCCACCCUGACUGCAGGAAUCUCCCAAUGAUUUCCUUCCUCAUCCUGCCCAUGCAGAGGAUCACUCGCCUGCCCCUGCUCAUGGAUACAAUUUGUCAGAAGACACCCAAAGACUCCGAAAAAUAUGAAGAGUGCAAGAAGGCUUUGCAAGCAGUCAGCAAGGUGGUACGGAAGUGUAAUGAAGGCGCUCGCAGGAUGGAGAGAACAGAAAUGAUGUACACCAUCAACUCACAGCUGGAGUUCAAGAUCAAGCCUUUCCCCCUGGUCUCAUCCUCCAGAUGGAUGGUAAAGAGAGGGGAGCUGACCGCGUUUGUGGAAGACAGUGGCAUCUUCCUCAAGCGGACGUCACGGCAGCAGGUCUAUUUCUUCCUCUUCAAUGAUGUGCUCAUCAUCACCAGAAAGAAGAGUGAGGACAGCUACGCCGUGAUAGACUACGCCCUGAGGGACCAGAUCUGGGUGGGUCUGUGUCAGCCCCAGGAUCUCAACCUGUCCCCCGUCAGGACCACGGCCAGCAUGCUGAGCCCGCGGCAACCCUGCGCCAACCAUCUCUUCCGACUAAGUUUCCAUAGCAACUAUUCCGGUGAAAACGUCGUCAUGAUCCUGGGCACGGAGCUGCUGAAUGAGCGUGCACGCUGGAUCAGUGCUCUGGGCCAGAACGACAAAAAUCAGAAGAGUCAGGACAGAAGCGCAUUCAUGCAGGUGGAGGUGAUCAGGACUUACACAGCGAAGCAGCCAGACGAGUUGUCCCUGCAGGUGGCUGAUGUAGUGCUGGUCUCACAGACUGUGGAAGGAGGCUGGUAUGAAGGCGAGAGACUGCGUGACGGGGAGAGGGGAUGGUUCCUAGCCGAGUGCGCCAAACCCAUCACGUGCCAGGCCACCAAGGAACGCAACAUGCAGAGGAUGGAUCGCCUGCAAGGCCUGGAGACUAAUGUGUGACGGGAGAAUUAGCCGGCUUCCUCAACCCCAGGAGGGUUUUCUGAACUGAGCGCCUGUACACACCAGUCACACGCUUUUACAGCACUGAACUCUGACAAAUGAGUUGAGAUCAGUGACCUGCCAUCGAGAAUCAAGCAGCGCUCUGUCGGAUCCCUACAGUGGGAUAAAGAGGAAGCGGUUAUCCCGCUCAGCAUCCACCUGUUUGAGUCUGUAACCGUCUAUAACCAACCCAGAGAAGGAACAGAGAUUUGUGACUGGUCUCUGCGUGGGUGAGGUGUUUUGACAGUGGGAUCUGUCAUAUUAAUCCCCCUGCUGACUGUAAAACUUCACACUCACAGCAAGAAGGGAAAAAAAACCUACAGAUUUCAACACCCUGCCACCUGCAGAUCUGUUGGUGUGAAAUAUGUCAAAUCUUUUUCAGGAAUAGUUUUUGAACACGGGGUUCACUGUAAGCGGUAAAGUGGACCAAUUAGUGUGACAUCGAGUGCAGCCUGGAGGGUGUGUUAAUCUCAGGUUACGUGAUGAAGAAUUGUUCCCUUCACCUGCCAUACAAUGUCAUCAUUGUUUAUAUAUACAAUGAUCACAUAUAUAAUUCUUUUUAAGUGAUGAUCCAAUAUGGUGAUAUCUGCAGCUGGAUAAACUCCCAUUAGUGGUUCAGCAGCGUCUCCUUGAUAUUAAUUACAACAAGAGCUGCAACAUGUUGCAUUCUGUAGAAAUUCUACUCAUCCAGGAUCUGAGCACCGUGUGUAGACAUAAUUGGACAAUAUUACAAAUGACAUUCAUCCAGCAGGAGUGAUCUCUCACGGUGUCUGAAGGGUAAGGAGAAUCCUCUGCCUCGCUGGUGUUCACCAGUUAAUGUCAGCACUGUGAAUCAGAGCCUACAUUUGUGUCACAAGUAUCGUUAUUCUCUCCUUCCAUUCAGUGACUGGGACGGCCAGAAAUAGCACAUACACUUGCCAGAAAUGCUUACGUCUUUUUUUUUUUUAAUAAAUUUUUUUAAGGAUAUAUAUAUAUAUUUUGAUGCUCUUGAAAUUACUGUGUGGACACUGAUGGUGAGACCAGAAGAAGCGAGCGACCCCGUGCUUUCAAUUUGAUCGUCCAGCGUGAGUCAUCUUUUCAGCGUUGCCCUUCAAAAGGAAAUAAAUGGCUCAGUUAGAGGAUGGUGAUGACGCCAUAUAUCAAGUCCACUGCUCUGGAACCAGCUUCGAUGAGCGCAGCUGUUGGACUAGACAAACUGAAGUUCGGCAGUGCCGGGAGGAGCACCAGCGUCCACGUUUCCACUUCACAUUAGCACUCAGGGAAAUUUGAUACCACAUGGGAGCAUGAACUGAUCUGGUUUCAAUCAUUAGCACCCCUUGCAACUCUUGUAAAUAAUUUGUUUACUUGUAAAUAUGUAAAAACAGUCUUAUCUGUAACGUAUGUUUUCGUAAAUAGUUUUAUCUUGAAAUAAAUGUCAUAUAUAUUUUAAUCGUCUGUUAAUAAAAUCCAUUAAAUCUGUCAUUCACUAAUGAUUGCAGCUUUUAUUCCUGUAAUAUUUGAGAUGAUUAAUCUGAAGCCUAGAGAUGAUAUUAUGAUAAAUGUAUCCAUC